UGGCGGAUACGACUGGGCACAGAGCCCUUCCCGUAGUGGUCUUCAUUCACGGGGAGAGCUUCGAGUGGGGGGCUUCGAACCCCUACGACGGUUCGGUCCUCGCUGCCUACGGAGAGGUGAUCGUUAUCACGCUCAACUACCGUCUCGGGCCCCUAGGGUUCCUGAACAACAAUGCUCAUCCUAGCGGACGAGGACACGUCACCAAUCAUGGUCUGAUGGAUCAAAUUGCUGCCCUCCACUGGGUUCAAGAAAACAUCGGAGCCUUUGGGGGUGAUCCUGGCAGCGUGACACUCUUGGGUCAUGGCACUGGGGCGGCGUGUAUACAUUUCCUGAUGGCGUCAGCGGCGGUGGUUCCUGGACUGUUCCACCGAGCUGUGCUUAUGUCCGGGUCGGCUCUCAGUCCUUGGGCCACGGUUGGGACUCCGACGCAUUACGCGUUGCAGUUUGGCCGCGCGCUCAAUUGUACGGCUAAUUUGCCGGUUGAAAUGAGCCUCCACGACCCUGGUUUCAUGCCUUCUAACGAUGAGUUGGAUCAAAUGGUUAACUGUCUGAAGGAGAAGCCGUUGGAGGACCUUCAGGCUGUGCAUAUCGCCGCGCCACAGUUCUUGUACGCGUUUGGGCCUAGUGUGGAUGGUAUCGUUAUCAAAAAUGAUUUCCGGCGGGAACUGAGGAAAAGAGCGGACGAAGUAAGUCGAGAAUACGACCUGAUGUUCGGGGUGGUGCCGUUCGACUCCUACAACGUCUUCAGCGACAAUGACAUCGAGAACGGCUUCGAUCUGGAGCACCGCGACCGCAUCUUCCGCACGUUAGUGCGUAAUUCGUACGACUAUCACCUCAAUGAAGUGUAUAUUUCGGUGGUGAACGAAUACACGGAUUGGGAGCGUCCGAACGCCCAUCCGACAGCUACAAGGGACGCUACCUUAGCCGCCCUUAGUGACGCGCGCUAUGUCGCUCCGCUUAUAAACACAGCGAAUAAUAUCCGAAUGGGCGACAAAAACCAGUUUUUCUACCUGUUCGACCACUCGACCAGACAGUCAGAUAAUCCUUACGACGUGAAGGGCGCCGUCCACGGCGACGAGCUGCCCUUCGUGUUCGGGGCGCCGUUGGUGGGGGAGCUGGGAGUGUUCGCGGGCAACUGGUCCCUCCAGGACCGGAUGGUGGCCGAAGCCAUGCUCACCUACCUGACGAAUUUCGCCAAAACCGGGAAUCCCAAUUUCCGGGUCGAGCAGGAUAUGUUCAUUGACGUCAAAGAGAAAUACCGCUUCAAGAACCUCGUUUGGGACAAGUACGAUCCUGUGUACCAGAAGUAUUUAGAAAUAAGUCCUCGGCCCCGGCUCAGGGACCACUAUAGGGCCCACCAGUUGGCACUGUGGACCUGGUUAGUGCCACAGUUACAACGCGUCGGACGGCUGGAGUUUCUGACCCUACGUGACCCCGAGGCCGAAGACCUGCCACCGGAAGACCAACUGCAGGAGUUGUCAGUCGUUCACCACCUGUUCUCGCCGUACGACGACCCCGAUCUGUAUUCGGGAGUCGUUCGGUCAUUACACCACAUGGCGGGGCACUACAUCCUGCCUGCUACAACAGUCGCGUCGCUCUCGCUGUCCCCGACUACGCCCUCGCUACUCUCGCGGUAUUACACCACGCCGCGAACGGCGCGAAAUAUUUCCGAUCCGCGGUUGCCGGAAGGGAAUCCGAACGAUAAGAUUCACGCCGAGGCGACGAAACCCGAGACUGUCGACUACAUCGCAUAUUCGACCGCACUCUCCGUUACGAUCGCGAUCGGCGUAUCGCUAUUAAUCCUCAACAUCUUGAUUUUCGCGGGUGUGUAUUACCAGCGAGACCGUUCGCGUAUGGGCGACAAGAACGAACAGCGGAACAACCAGAGCAGCAGUAGCAGCAGCGAACAGCAAAUGGCGGCCAUUAGUUCGUCCUCCGGUCCUAUAUUAGGGUCGAGUAUGAACUUGGAGGUGACGAAACAGCCGUUGACAGCCACGUCAGCACUCAAGGCGCCGCCGCCCUCGCCACUGACGCACACUCAAGCCUUCACUCACAUUUCGGAGUGCCCAGCCGCUUUCGCAGACACCCCGGGCACUCACGAGGCGGGGGGGCAUUGCGUCGCGGUGGUGCCGCCUACCAUACCAAAUGGCAGUGCUACUCUGCUGGGCAGCCAGCAACAGCAGCAGCAGCAGCUACAACAACAGCUUCAUCAACAACAGCAGCUUCAUCAACAACAGCAGCUUCAUCAACAACAGCAGCUUCAUCAACAACAGCAGCUUCAUCAACAACAGCAGCACCAUCAUCAACAACAGCACUUGCAACUGCAGCACAAGCAGGUAACGAUGCCUCGACCACCCCCACCCCCGCGGCUGAUGGCAGCAGAGUCGCAGCCUCUGCUGCCGGCGCAUGUCCCAGCGCCGCCUAGGGGCAAAAUCCCAGCGUACGAGGAGCUAAGAGUAUGAUGGAGGCGCCCUCUGGUAACGGUGCUCUCUAGCGCUGAGCACCUCCAGGGGGGCAGCGGCACUCUACCUUCCCUGGAGCAGCAGCAGCAGCAGCAGCAGCAUGCGCAGGUCGUCGACUAUUACGGCGGAACGUUCUACGACGGGCAGGAUAUGACCACGUCGUUCCGCAGCGACGAGCCGGUUGUGCUGCUCCCGGGCAUGGACUGCGCCAGCAGUUCAUCUACUUGGCCGCGCAAGGCUAGAUGCCCGCGCACCUAUCCAGAGGGCGACCCAACGUGUCUACAACAGGUAACAGAGCCUCAGGGCGCGUUGCGCUCCUAGCAAUAACAGCCCAAAUGGUGGGGGGAAAUGGGGCGAAAUGGGGGGGACCUGUAGUGGGUAGUAAUAGGGGGGUGAGCACAGACACGCGUGUGUGUGUGUGUGAACAUUUGGACCUUUGGACAAUACCUAUUACUGCGCUCACGUUCGUAUUUACAAGUUUAAUAAGUUCUCAAAACUUAUCUUUGUGAAAGUGUGCACUUUUUUAUAUGUACGUGACUUCUAUAAUUGUGUAAAUUAUGUGUAAAUACUACACAGACGAUCUAUUGACAUGUUGCUGCAGAUUACGAUGUUUUCAAUAAAACUUGAUAGUAAAA